ACCGAAACUAACUUGUGCAGCGAACCGUGUUACAUCACUGAACGUGGCGAACACACGUGCGCGGCAUGCCGCGUAGUUGCGCUUCUGAUAGAGCUGACCCUGCGGAGGAGAUCCACCGCGGCGAGGCAAGCCGGUUUCUCAUCUGCCCCGCGAAAGACUCCUCCCAGCCAAGGCUGCGUGCCGCCCUAAGUAAGCGCGGCGGCCCAACGCAGGGUUCAAGUGCAGCUUGUGUGCCCGACUCCGCGGUUUAAUCUCGCCAUCUCCAACGGGCCAACAUCCGCUACCGCUCUUCCAGGCUCUGCGUUGUGCGCGCUCUUGGUUUCGUCGUGCGGCGUCGAGGGGGGUGACGCUCGUGCCCAGAAGAGGUUUUGCGCUUACUCGAUUUUUGUUUUUGUUUUUUUCACUUCGCCUCGACGACGCGCUGCACCUCGUUUCCUCACGCUUUUUACUUGGCACGGCCGGUCAUAUUUCGGCCUGUUCCGGGAUCGUUACACUCUCCUCCCGUCGACCGGUACCUGCGUGGAUGUGUGGAGCGCGCAGAAGCGCAGGUGAUCUUGGAGCUUAUUCACGAGCCAAUGUGACCGUCUCGAGGAGCGAUCGCUUCGACAAAUCUCUCUGCGGUAUUGACGCCGUCGUGCACUGGGAAGAUGACCACGCAAGCGGAGGGGCGGUGUGCCACUUGCGCCGACUACGAGGUGGAGAGGCCAAAGUUCGUUCGACUGACGCAGCUGUCGAGGCAAGCGGUGAGAGACUACGAGGACCUGCGAUCAUGUUACGAAGAACUCAAGCAACAUUACGAAGAGCAGCAGAGGCUAGCCAAGAAGUACCGCAAUGAGAAUGCCUCACUACAGCUGAAAGUACAAGAGCAGCAGGAAACACUGAACAGACUGCAAAAUGCCUCGGAAGCUGUAUGCGAGGAGUACGGCAUGCUCAGGAGUCGCUACAAUGCCGAGACAAAGGCUGCCUCCAAGGUGUUCAAAAAGGCCUCUCAGUGGUAUGUGGAGAACCAGGACCUGCGACGCACAUCCCAGAUACUCUGGGAGAAGGUGGCCGCAUCGGGUGAAGACCUGUCCGACCUGCCAGUUCCUGCGCUCUCGGCGGCAUCGUCCGUGUCAUCCGACCUGACGAGUAAUGGUACUGCUGCUCACGACGAAGAGGUCGAGCAGCUCAGGCAGACAGUGACGGAUCUGAGGCUAGAGGUGGCCUGCCUCAGGGGCGAGCUGGAGCGGAGCGAGAGCACUGGCCGUGACUUGGCUGCCAAGAAUGAGCGGCUGUUGGCCGAGUUGGAGGCUGAACGGACUGAGCGAAGUCGUUGCCAGAAGCGGCUAGCUGAGAUGGAAGAUGGCAUGGGCCGUCUCAACAGGGUGUCGGUGUUGGCUGCCCGAGAAUACAUUGAGCUGCGCAAGAAGUUUGAGGAUGAGUCGGAACGGAACCGAGCACACGAGAAGGAGGCUGCCAGGCUGAAAGGAGAGCGCAAUGCAGCCGUCCGCCAGAGCGCCUUCCUCGUGGGUCAAAUGGUGCCCGAAGUGCGGCUGCUGGCAGCACUGGACCAGGUCAAGGCAGUCGAGCUCCAGGCAGCUGCAGCCAAGGCAGAGCACGAGGCUGAGGUCCGGGCUCUACGUGAGCAGCUGGACUCGCACAGCGCCCCUGGGGAAACAGUGGAAGAACUGAAGCAGUGUCUGGGAGAGUCUGAGCAGAAGCUCUACGAGUCCCAGAAGAGGGUCCAGCAGCUUGAGGAGAGGGUGCGAGAGCUAAUCACAGAACUGGACCAGAAGACCUCAGCACCCAGCAUCGUCAGCGUGCCGCCGCCUCCUCCGCCCCCGCCCCCACCACCGCCUGUGCCAUUCAACCCACUCAGGUCCCUCAUGGCGCUCAUUGCCAGCGGCAGAAAGACAGCUGCACCAGCUGCAGCCACUGUAAAAGCAAAGGAAGAUCAGCUGCAGGCGAAGCUGAUGGAGGAGAUGAUUGAGCAGAUCAAGAAGGGCGUUCACUUGCGGCCCACGGCACGACCUGUCCAGGAAGAGGAGCUGGAAGAGAGGUCCUCUUCGGAGCCAGCCGUCAAUGAAGUCCUCAGCAUACUGAAACGUACAGCCCCGCACUCUCCCGUGGAAGCCUGUUUUGGCGAGAGGGGUGAGAUUAAGGGUCGGAAGAACUCCCGAGGGGUGCGUCUGUGCGACUCGCUGGACUCCCUGGCUAGCAGCUCUUCCAGUAGCCGGGAAGAGCAGAGCGAGCUGGAGCGCCUCUUCCAGUCCAAGAAUCUUCGUCACAGAGCUGAGGCCGAUUCUGAGAGCUUGCGUUCAGUCAAUAGCCUGGAUGUGGAUGCCCCAGAUAACAGCUGACCAACGUUGCUGCUUCUUCCUGGACCACACUUGGUGGCUUGCCACAAGGACCACACGGCCACAGCGUGCCUCUUACAGUAUUCUGUGCAAUAUUAGUGUUGCUGGUCUCCUCUUUCUGUUGUGAGGGAACAAUGCUUUUACCUUUCAGAAAAGCAAGACUUUGACAUGCAUAUACUCAAAGUUGUGUUGCCAUUUCUAUUUAUCUUUUAACCUGGGGCACAGAAAUAACCACUGUUAUUGUCACAGCCCAAGUUCAGUUGCUGCAACUUGCAACUACAGUGAUAUGGACAAUGCAUUGCUAUGCUUCCUGCCAACAGCCAUGAACUAACUCAAGGGGAGAAAAAAAAAAGCUGUGAAAUGCUACUUUUAACACCAAUACAUUCUCAAGGUUGCAUUUUGGAAGCCUCCUUAGGAUGAUCACCGCACAUGGGAAAGACACUUGCUGUACGUGUAUGUAUGCUGCACUUGGAGACUUACUGUGGCACUUGCAUUCGUUCGGGUGCAGCACAUCGCUGGUAUGUCAACAGCGAUUGCCAUUGUCGUUGUCCUCCAAUAUGCUCCUCAGAUGUCAUCAUAUGUGCUCAGUAGUAUGCGUGCUGUCUUGUCUUACUGCUGUGUUGAUGUUGAGAGUAUUCACGAAAAGAGUGCUCGAGGAAGGGGACUUGCCCCACCCUUGCUCUCAAGUGUUACUUAACGUGACACACCACCUUGACAUAAGACAGCACGCCACACUUAAAGGGCCCCUCACCAGGCCCCGUAGCAAAUUUUGGUUAUACACUGAAAGUUGUUACAUGUCCUCUAGGGAGCGUUCUGCAGAAAAAAAAAUUUCGAAUCGGCUCAUUAAUAGCCGAGAUAGAAAUAUUUCAAUGCCACGAACACAUGAGUUCAGGAGGCAAACUCCACUACAAGCGAGACACUCUCUGCACUCAUCCCGUCUAGCCUCUGCAAGCGAAAUUCCUUCCCUGUGUUUUCCCAUACCAGACCUUGAGGAUCGCGUGACGCAUACGUCACGGGCCCCGCCUUCAUUUUUUUUCGGUGCUGCGCACGAGCUGUUUUGAUUGUCUGGUUUCGCGCAGCACAUUAUUUUGGACGCUGUGCAUGAGGACACAUGACUAGUGGUAUAAUUCAGUUCUACAUGAAUACUGAGGCAGAACAAGCAGAUCGCAGAGCAUGAUCACACGCUGGAACACGGUAGAAAAUGGCAUAGUUUUGGUACCUUCGCACGUGACUGCACGACCAUGAGAACAAGCAGAUGAAGCGGAAGUACAUCUCUCUUACUUCGGUGCAAAGUAAAACAAAGAACACGCAGACAUUCCAUUUGUGUGUUUUAUUAUUUCUCUAAAUUUCAAUUUGUCAAUUCAAGCAGCAGAUCACUCAAAUAACAAAUGUUACCUUGAAUAAUUAUCGAAGUUACAUGUCACUACGAGCGACGUCACACUGCAGACACGAUGACAUCAUUAUCCGGCUUGGAGUGCGGUCGCUGCGAGAGAAAGGGAAAACGAUGUUCGGAUUGAAAUUUCAGACCUUUCCGCAGCGUGUAGCAAUGUAAUUCUUUGCAAACACGAUUGUUGUCAUGAGCUGAAGUAGAAGAAGAAAAAGAAAAGAGAGAAGAAGGAAGAGGAAGAAGGCUGACAUGGCCUGGAAGGAGCGAGGGGGGAAAUGGCAGAACACCGCUAGAGGAGAAGAAGGAAGAAGUCGGCUAGAACACUGAGCAAAGAAGGCGCUGAACCAAGAACGUCGAGAUUGAAAAGUUGUGCAGGAGGAGGACACCGGUGGCUCUGCACCAGUCGGGUUUGAUCCUCCACGCCUGUGGCUGUGCACUGUGGUUGCCAGGAAAGGCUUGGUCCGAGGACAAUGGCCCCGUCCUAUGCUAUGGGGACAACCUCGCCCUCACCGAUGACAAUGCUCGACAAGCCAGGCCUAUUCUACGGACACAACCCUCAGCAGAGAUGCCAGUAGUCCACCGAGCAAUGUGACAGAACUACACCGACUCAGACAUGUAAGCGCCACACCGCACAUAACUUAUUAGGAUGUUGUGAGAGCUUGUGAAAUGAUUUAAGAACUCGGGAACGAUAUUAGCGGGAAGGAGAGAGGUCAAACUCGGUGUAACCAUUGUUGCGGAUGUAUGCAGAUUUGAUGGGGACUUAUCGGUGUGAUACAUUAUAAAUGUGUUUGGUGUGUCGGUCCGGAUUCAUGUCUCGUGUGCUGGUAACCAUGACAAACGUUUGCGUGCAUCAUAUGCUCUGUGCGUGUAAGCUUAAAAUGGCCAGACCUGGUGACGGGCCCUUUAAAGUGAAGUGACCACUGUGCAUCACUAAUGCCUCUCAGUGGCGAGUGAGUUGUAAUUUUUCAUUAUUAGACACUUUCAGCAAUUUCAAUUGUGAUUGUGAUGCCCUCGAUUGUGAUGCCUGCUAGCUUUUCACAUCCAGGUAUGAGGAAGUGCACUGCCCUCAAAUGUGACGUACCCAGAUUUUCGCACCACACGAAGUUAUAAGUGCAACACUCUCUAUUGUGCACUAACCUUAUUUGCAUCGUAAAAGAGAGAGUAACGUCCUUACAUUUAAAAAGAAAAUUUAUUGCAUCUGAGCUACAGCGAACCAGGCAUCACUCACUCUUGCUGUCGGAAGCCUUCUUAUCACUAUCAUCAGCACAGCCCAGGGCAUACCACCUUCUGUACUAACAAUGGCAUUUGAGAUAGUACCACAUUUCUUCAAUGCUUUGCACCAUCACAGCCUAACAUACAAAGGGGGCUCUAAGCUACUGCAGGUCCCAUAGAUGCAGCGACGUAUAGAGUGGAUUGGACAAUGAAAAUUGUUAACGCCAAUGAUCACAGAUUGUCAGUAUUGUAGUUUCAGUUCUGUAUUCAACUCUAACAUCUACGUCACUUUUUAGUACUUCAUCUUUCUGUUAAAAAAGUGCGUGUUAGAAUUGAUUAAAUAUGGCGAUGAAAGGCACAGGGUUUCAUCCUAGGAAUAUUACAGGAAAAUGUGGUGCUAGUGUGGUAGUAUCACUGCCAGAGUGGCACCCAAGCAAGCAUGAAAAGAUAGGCAAUAAUUGAUAUGGACUUCAAACAACUUUCUUGAAGCUGUCUUAUCACUGCAAAUUCUUUGUACAGCAACCAUUAAUCUCAUCUAAUCCCUAAUUUUUAUCAUUCAUACGUUUUCAAUGCAUUAUAAACAAUAAAGAUGGUUUAGAACGUAAAACACUUAAUUUCCCAUGGGGCAUGUUGCGGCCAGGAUAUAACUUAGUUUUGGAAGCAUGCAUACUUGGGGUGGUUAAGAUUUAUUUAUGCACUGUGAAUUAGGUGACAGAAUGAAUUCCUAGUUGCGAAUAUACAACACUUAACAGCUCUGAAGGAGUGCUGUAAGGCUAACAUUCAGUAGGUCGAACUGCAAUGAACGAUAACACAAACUGUGGUGUGCUUUUUUUUUUUAAUGAAUCCAUCCCAAACAAUUCAAAAUGUUUUAAUAUUACCCCUGGCUCCUGCAGUUGUUUAAGAGUUGUAGCGCUAUAUUCACCUCUGUUAAUGUGAUGCGAAACUCGGUGCUCAAAGGAGUACAAGGGUGUUUCCAAAGCAGCUCCUUGCUGAUGGAACUGCCAAGGAAUGUUGCGAAAACUGAAACAUAUCAUGGGCAGCACUGCCUUCUCUUUAGGGAGUAUGUGGCUGGGCAUUAAGUGCAGGAACAUUGAAGAGUGUAGCGCUUGAGCAACCACAGCUGUAUGGCAUAAACAAGCCUGAGGCUAAGUUUUGUUGCGGAAGGGGCAUCAGUUCGGAGCUGUUCUGACUGUGCAUCUCCUCUGUGAUACUUCACCGUGGAAUGAUAAGCGAUGUUCAAACAAGGGCUGUCACUGGAGGCAACGUUUUUGAAGGCUUGUCUUGUCUUUGUUGGGGCUUGUCUUGUCUUCGACAAGUCCCCUUGUGCAAGCUCCGACGACUGCCCUUGUUCGACCACUGUUCACUUCAAGUCUACAUCUUGCUGUGAUCGUCUGUCUCGCUUGGCUUUCAAUGUGGAAUGUUGGCCAUAGCCUUGUCUCACAUUGCUCACUUGACCUUGCAGAUUGUGUUCUACAGUUGCACACAAGAUUUCUCGUAUUGCAUCACUUGCAACCACUUUCCCUAGAAGCUCACCUUGUGUUCGUGGGUCUAACCACUUAUGUGCCUUAUAAGCAAAUGAGCUAUAUUUACAUAUAUUUAAAUAAUUGCAAUCACAAGCCUUUCUCUAUCAUCUUUUCUUUUUCUAUUCCCACAUAACUCCUUUAGCAAACAUUAUUUUCCAGGUUCUGCUGUUUCAAUCUCCUGACUGAUUUAGUUUCCCACUCUUCACCUGGCUAGCUCAACUGUUGGUUGAGCUAGCCAGGUGAAGCUAGCUGUUGGUCGGUUGUUUCUGUACCAACAGCAGAAAGCUGUUGGUGCAGUGACUCUUGCAGUCUCGUGACGGCCUUAGGUUUCAGUGCUGAUAGGGAGUUAGACAAGUUCGUUUUUGAUUGAGCAGCCUGGCUUCUUACCUAGGUCCUUGUUACAAUAUUGGUGGAUGGCAAAAACUGUUUACACCAAUGUAGGGUGUCCAUGCUAGAAGUGUUCAUUGCAUGAUGGUAGACAAUGUCACAGCGUCUGGCUUUCUCUCACUUUUGUGUUCCUUUUGUGUUCCUUUUGUGUUCCUUUUUCCUACACCUAACAUAUCAUAUCAUUCAGUUGUAGUGGGGCCAGUCACUACCUGGUGGGACUCGGUGAUAGAAGCAUAAUCAUCACUGUGUGGAGGCCCUCUUCGUUGCUUUUGUCUCGGCUUCCUUCAGAAUGCUGCUAUUGCUCAGUGUUUAAUAUGACAUACAUAAUUGACUUCACUGCACACUCAGAACCCCAUGUUCAAAAGCUGUCCUUGUUUUUUGAAGGAAGGUGGCUUGACACAGUCUGUUACUUUAAUGGCAUGUGCGGGCUAUUUUAAUUUUAUUAUUGUUUUUUGAUAAGAGGAGUUCGCCGAAGCAAGGAGAUGUGAAUAUGAGGUGUUUGUAUUCUCUGCACAAACAUUGCCAAAAAAAGGGUGUUUUAGUCCAGAAACACUAGCUGUCAACAUUUCAGCCUUCUAGAGAUAUGCUGCAAUCUGUAAGACUUUAAGAGUGCUCUGAUCUAUUACGCAUCCAAAAAUACCUAGUUAGGGCAAAUGUGUGUAUAGUGACUGCUUUGACAUUGUGUACAGCACAUUGUUUUAGAGUUUAUGCUUGAAUGUGUAUGAAACAAUUCAUACAGAUGUCCAAUUAAGACUUUAAACGAUUAAGGCUUUAAAUAAAGUUAUCUGAAACUUUAAAUUCAGAUUGAAUACCUUUGUUUUAAAUCGGAGUACUACUCAGUUCAAGAACUUCAUAGUGAAUAACUCCAAAUGUUGAAUUUUUGCCGACAUACUAGGUUAGUAUGGCUAAUUGUAGGCACCUGCCAAGAAUAACAGCCCUGCAUGUAGUCCACUAGCCACUUCAGGUGCUGUUGUAAGCCAACUAGCGACUAUGAUGACUCUUUGCUUCUUGUUUCCUCACAGGCUGCCUAGCCAAGUUAAGAGAAAAGGUCAAGGUUUCUUUAGCCACCUUUCCACUCCUGUGUUUCUCCUUAGAAGUUGAAAAAUAUUUGGCAUACAGAAUUUAAGGCCGAGAUUUUUUAAGCGUUUGUGUUCAGCUUGUCCCAUCUCCUAAUCAAAUACCCCUACAAAUAUGCUGCCUGCAUUGAUGUGGUCACGUACAGUCUUUGUCAAAAGAAAUGAAGCCACUGUGAGUGUCAUUGUUGCUGAAUCGUAGCUGCAUCAUGCUGUGCGCAUGAAACAGCUCGUGAUGGGAAGCUCUGGAGGGUGAGCGUGAAGAUUCACCUGUCUUCCCCAAACUUUAAAGCAGUGUGUACGCAAUGGGAGCUCUACUAACUAUCUCACAGUUGACUGUGGUGAUGUCCAUAGUGGCUUCAUUGCUUUUGACAAAGGCUGUGCAUUAUUUUAUAUUUCAACAUGUAUGAACAAAGCCAGCCAAAUGAUGUGCAAUAUACUGCCUAGUUGUUGUUUCAGGUUACAUAUUUAAAUUUGCUCAAGAACAGCUUCCAAAUGGCUGAACUGUAAAUUCGAUGUAAGGCAAGAUUUUGCAACUGCAUACUUUCUUUUUAAAUGUUCUCUACGGUGCAGAUUUAUGUAGGUAAUGCAGUGUUGUCAUUCUUUUUUUUUUCUCAUAGCAUUUGUUUUUUGCAAUUUUUAAGGAAUGUGUAUGCAUUGCCUUUAAUGUACGCACUCUGCCAAUAUGAAAGGGAAUGCUUCAUCUGCAUUGAAGCAAUGAUUCUUGAAACUGUGAAAGUCAGAACCUCACUCACUACUGUAUUUGGCAUGCUGUUCACCUGUUCAAAAAUCCCACUCAUGCAACUUUUGCUAAUCACGAGCACACACACGGAAAAUUACGGAAAUGAAAAUUGGGUGUUCCCAUUCAUAUUGGCACACUGUGUACUGGUUGCAGUGGAUUCUUUUAAAGCAUCUUCAUUUUCCUUGUGAUUGGCAUUUAAAUUGUGAUAUGCAGUAUGAAACAUGGGCACACACACAAAAUCAGCGAGUCUCAUUAACAAGAUAUAUCAUGCAGAGCACCUUAAUUUUGUUUAUGAGCUUGCAGCCUUGAUAUUUUUGGGUGUACUUAAACCUCUCUCAUAGGGCUAUCUCAAAUGUAUAAGGAUUUCAAUAAAACAAUGACAUAAAAUAAAAGAACCACACUGGAGAACACGUGUAUCAGUGUCCCAUUCAUUUAGAGCACGGGUCUUAAAGUCAUGUCAGUUACCCGGCCUAAUACAGUGGCCCAGGUUUAUAUUGCAACAAAAUUAAAAGAAUAUUUUGCACUUAUCAUUGUUUUGGAUUCACUAGAAUUUCACAAGCAUGAAUUUCUCCGCACAUAUUGAUCAGUAAAAAGUAGUGCAGAGGCCAUCGACAAUUAUUAUCAAUGUAAGCAAUUAGCUGAAUGCUUCAUGAAAGCUAUUUGCUUUAUCAAAAGAAUGGUGUACUUGAUGGUGCAUAUUUGUUGCAGUAAGGAUAUUUAGGUAGCG